AGAAUGAUUUCUGAUUCUUCCUUCACGUGAUUCUGAAGACUUGUUGUACAGCUCCGACCCAACGAAUCCAUAGCUGCAGUCCGUGUGGAAAAAUACCUCAUCAAAGCGUGAGUAACUGGAAAAAUACCUCAUCAAAGCGUCCGUAGUAGAACAGAGCUUAGUUUAGCAUAGCUGUAUCACAUCAACCCGGGAUCACCCCCGUUGAAACAUAAUCAAAGAUGAGCGACAAAGAAGCGGGUGCGGAGGAAAGUGGCAAGUUUGCUAAGUUGGUCCGCUUAGGAACGAAAGCUGUGUCUGCACCAGGAAAUGUAGUCCGCGCGGCUAAUAAACUAUAUCGCUGCCGUCGUGGUGAGGAUGCUUUCGUCCAAACUUUGAAGGACCAAAUCUUGUCUGGAAAGAUGGGUUUUUUCUUCGCUGUUGUGGAAUUCCGUAAGCACAGUGAGUCUAUAUUGGAAGGCAGCCUCCGCGUUGAAGCCUUAUGGUUCUAAAACACUAGGCAGAUAUAUCCCGUGUAUUUGUGUCGUGAUACGUCGUAAGAACCAAAGAUGCUGAAGACGUGAGCUCCUAAAGUUUGUAACUUUGCAAACCGGCUAUUCAAAAUUAUCAUGUCGAACUCCCCCUGAAGAGUAUCCGUUUCAUGAAACAAUCUAACAGAGCUACUCACUCUUCCCAUCUAAUGAGAGAGCAGAAGGGCUGUCCGAGAUUUGACGGGGAUGGCCGUAUCGGAUAUUCACUGCGGGUGGAUCGCGUUGGGAAGUUGAGUGUCGCCAUUCAGCAACAAAAGGCUUUUGGCAAGCCACGUGCCUUGAGCUUAUGGUUGGAAAUGCCCCCGCAGGCCAAGCCCGGUGGCCGUCGCCGCUUGGUGCAAGAAACUAAAGAAGAAGCCGGCGCCCCAGUCUGCCCGGUGGGGCACAGUACACUUAUUACCGCUUACACUGUUUGUUUAGUUGCUCUUCAAAGUGUUCUUGUAGGUUGUUGAAAUCCAAUACUCGUGCCCAGUUUUUCAGAAUACUGCCCACAUUGAUUGUCGCAAAUAUGAAGCACCGACCUGGGCCACAUUUUACCAAUGAUCUUCAUCUGUUAAAACGGUCUGAAAUCGCACUACACAUUACUCGCUCUUUCCUCAUACAACAGCAUGGAACGAGAAAAGUGCAUCCCCCUCGUGCGAUAUCGGUUAUACUGUCUGGGACCCCAUUUUCGUAAUCCGCUACCACGACACGAACGACGCCUCGACUUCGAAUGUUGAGCACCACUUUUCCGGCGCGGUAUAUGUAAACUUCCAAACGUUAAUGCCCUGAGUAAGUAAGACCUUGAGUUUUUCACUGCCUCAGCAGUAGGCCUUCGGAAAUGUUCAGCACGCCAGUAAGAUCCCGAGCAGGAUGAUCACCAGGACGAAGAUCCACCGAUCAGGAUAGGUGAGGGGCCUGGGGUGGCUGUUCCGCUUGAGGUUCUCUGCGCAAGUAGAGGCACGAAGUAGAAAAUUUGGGCCAAGGAUAAAAUGACCGCGGUCAUUUUUGUAGAAGCAGCGGGCCGGCGGGGUAAUUCACUCGAUGACGACUAUCAAAAGGGCACGGGUUUCCCAUGCUUUCUUACUUCGUCUUGCUGCCGUUUGGCUCAAGACUCGAUCACGAUUUUAGUGGAUUUGGGCAGCGGGGUGGUGCGUAAAGCUCCUAGUCCGGAGUAGCAUCGCUGUGCGUUCUUUUUCCCUUCUGUUCCCCCUGCGUUAGUAAAUUUCGAUCAAGCGAUAGUAUACCGGUAGGCGUCGCAAGUGGUGGACCCCCGUAGCAAAUAACCUAGGCAGAGUUAUUCAGCUUGGCGCGCCCCGCNUACACUUAUUACCGCUUACACUGUUUGUUUAGUUGCUCUUCAAAGUGUUCUUGUAGGUUGUUGAAAUCCAAUACUCGUGCCCAGUUUUUCAGAAUGCUACCCACAUUGAUUGUCGCAAAUAUGAAGCACCGACCUGGGCCACAUUUUACCAAUGAUCUUCAUCUGUUAAAACGGUCUGAAAUCGCACUACACAUUACUCGCUCUUUCCUCAUACAACAGCAUGGAACGAGAAAAGUGCAUCCCCCUCGUGCGAUAUCGGUUAUACUGUCUGGGACCCCAUUUUCGUAAUCCGCUACCACGACACGAACGACGCCUCGACUUCGAAUGUUGAGCACCACUUUUCCGGCGCGGUAUAUGUAAACUUCCAAACGUUAAUGCCCUGAGUAAGUAAGACCUUGAGUUUUUCACUGCCUCAGCAGUAGGCCUUCGGAAAUGUUCAGCACGCCAGUAAGAUCCCGAGCAGGAUGAUCACCAGGACGAAGAUCCACCGAUCAGGAUAGGUGAGGGGCCUGGGGUGGCUGUUCCGCUUGAGGUUCUCUGCGCAAGUAGAGGCACGAAGUAGAAAAUUUGGGCCAAGGAUAAAAUGACCGCGGUCAUUUUUGUAGAAGCAGCGGGCCGGCGGGGUAAUUCACUCGAUGACGACUAUCAAAAGGGCACGGGUUUCCCAUGCUUUCUUACUUCGUCUUGCUGCCGUUUGGCUCAAGACUCGAUCACGAUUUUAGUGGAUUUGGGCAGCGGGGUGGUGCGUAAAGCUCCUAGUCCGGAGUAGCAUCGCUGUGCGUUCUUUUUCCCUUCUGUUCCCCCUGCGUUAGUAAAUUUCGAUCAAGCGAUAGUAUACCGGUAGGCGUCGCAAGUGGUGGACCCCCGUAGCAAAUAACCUAGGCAGAGUUAUUCAGCUUGGCGCGCCCCGCGUAAGUUUCGAACUUUUAGACGCAUAAAGUAAUCUAGUUUUAUUUGGGUAAGUUAUAGCUUUAUCCUUAUAUGUGGCAGAUUUUCGAAAUUUGUAAGGCACUAGGAUGCGUGCCUCACCUGAGAAAAUGUACGGUCCGAAUCUGCCACCGUUCUACGCCCGUGGCCGCCAAUUGCGUCAGCGCGGGCCUUUGAUGACGGUCCCGGAGGAAGAUGGCCAUGAGGAUGGAGGCGCCCGCGCCCUGCCUGCGUUCUAGUUGGUCGGGCGGGUUUGGGAUAGUGGCAGGCGGCGAAGGAUCCGCUUCGCGCAACCCGAGCCCCACAGAACAGGCGUGGAAGGAUCUUGCUCACGCCCGAACUUUCACGGCAUGGCCAUGGACAGCGAGGACGAAGGUCGUGGCGCGGCUCGUGGUCUAUUCCGGCGCGAGGCCGUGCCGGGUGGCGCACAGGUGUCGCAAACUAAGGAAAAGGGUGGGGAAACUGGCUGCGCAGCCGCGUCGGGAGAUGCGUUGGCAAGAGGUGCGGCGUGCUGCCUCGGAGGGAUAGCGGCGGCUGCGUCGCAGGUGUGGAAAGGGUGGGCUCGCAAUUCACCAGCAAGCAGCAGGCCGUCGGCCCUGACUCAACUAGAAGGCACAGACAAACCAGCACGCAAGAGCGACAGGCUGACGGUGUGGGCACGGUCUAGGCCCAGGACUCUGAGCAUGUCGCGAAGAGGGUCGAAGUUUGGGGCAGGGGGUCUACUUCGAGGCGCUUAACGAGCAAGCGGUAGCAGCGCGGCGGUGGCCACGGGUGCCGGCUUGUCAACUAGCUCGGGCGCAGCGCUACCGACUCCAGGGCCAGUCCUUCCUCCUUCUUCAUCUCCUACCAAAAGCACCAAAGCGACGACCAAAGGCCAGGCUUUUGCGGUCACCAAUGCAAGCACAGCACUGGAGCACCUGGCCGGGCGGUCAGAAGUAGUUAGCGCGCGGCGCUAUUGUGUGGCGGAAGAUGGCGAAGCGACCCGAGGCGGGCCGGCGUUUGUCGUUUUACGGGCGAGCGGUUCCGCUGGCGAUUUCAAGAGCCUCAGGCCGCGGAAGCGGUUCCGCGCAGCGCGUGGGGCUCGUGCUCAUGUAUUUGACAAAUUUCCUGGGGUGGCACGGUCUCCGCCUGCGAUCCUUGUGGAGCUUGUCUCGGGCUCUAUCGGCUUCGCAGCUGCAGCCCCAACUUCCGCACCGACAGCGCCAGCACCUUCCAGGGAGCUCCGCUCGGCGUCUCGGUAUAUUAUAAGGCGGCCGAGCUCCCACAGGUGCGGAACGAUGCGAGCAAGCCAAUCACGCUUCGCCUCAGCUCUGCCGAGUAGUUUGACAUGGAGCCGCGUGUGGCAAAGAGGUGUCUGCAACUGGUUGGGAAAGCACCGAGACGGGUGGGGGAGCUCCUCGCGCAGUUAGAACCAGAAUCAGCGGCGGAUAGAAUCAGCAAAGCAGCCCGGGCGGAAUGCUUGGAAGGCGGAGAGGGGGGAGAAGAUGGCGCGCACGGGGCGGCGCCGGUGAACUUGACUCCAGCGGAGGAGGCGGGGCGAGACGCUGCUCGGCUGCGUGUCGCCUACGCAGAACGAGAAGACGGAGCUGGCUUGACUGAUUUGCAAUAGCCCCGCGCCUGUGGGGCGAUUCAUUUCGGCUGGCUGGUUGGUUGGUUGGAUCGUCAUUCCAACCAACCAGCCAGCCGGGAGGAUUCGGCCGGAGUCCUGACGGGGUCGGGCAGUCAUCGCGGGAAUUGCGCCCGCCGCGUCCUCCUUUCAAACGGCAGCGGCUGCCUGCUUGCUUGCGCGUCCUCCUUUCAAACGGCAGCGGUCCUUUCAAACGGCAGCGGCUGCUUGCUUGCUUGCUUGCGUGCUUGCUUGCUUGGCUGCUUGCUUGGCUGCUUGCUUGGCUGCUUGCUUGGCUGCUUGCUUGGCUGCUUGCUUGGCUGCUUGCUUGGCUGCUUGCUUGGCUGCUUGCUUGGCUGCUUGCUUGGCUGCUUGCUUGGCUGCUUGCUUGGCUGCUUGCUUGGCUGCUUGCUUGGCUCGAGGCUUUAGAGCGACGGGAGAAAGGCCAGGGUGGGCCAUUCCCCCACUUCACCGCGGAGACACGAGCGAAGGCCCGCGCUAAACUUUCGAGCUGCCGCCGAGGAGAGGCCGGAGCCCUCCAGCGGUUUUUUGCGGAUGUAUCGGCCCCGGCUAGUUGGUAUGUGCUAGCCCAUUCAGGUUGUGGCGUCGUGGUGACAUCGCAGAAAACUGGCGAGACGGGGCAUCUGUUUCUCAGGAGACAGCUAAUCCUCGAAGCGCAUGAACGCGCGAGCCACGGCGCUCGAAGUUCGACUUUCUUGGAGUUGCUUCAGGCUAGGCUCUAUUGGCCGACGGUGUUUCGCGAUGUGCUGAAGUUCCGCUGUGUGUUUUGUGAUGCGGCGCAGAAACAUGGGCAAGAAGCGGACUGCGCGGCUGAGAACUACGGCGGACUAUUCAGGGCGCACUUCGUGGACGUUUGCGGGACGCUGCGUCACCCUGUUACGGUUGGCCUUGGUAAGAAGGGAAAACAGGGCAAGCCCCUCGCCGGUGUAGCACCGGCCGAACCACCACGGCGCCCGCGAUCGGUCCCGACUUCGAAGCAUGUCGCUAAUGACAAGGCGACGGAAAUCCGACGGCGGAACGAGACGAAGCGCGAGGGUGCAGAGGCUUCGGGGACCAACUGGGCGCCUGUAGAUGUGCUAGUAGUACGCUGUGCAGCAGCUUUCUGGUGUUGGCUCCUUGCCCUUGACAGUACGAAGGCAGGGGCGGCUGCUGCUGCAUUAGCGAAAUACAUACUCAACAGUGGCGGGACUCCUGUAGCCAUUCGCGCCGGCGGUGGGUCUGGCUAUCUUUCUUCAUCAUUUCCAGCAAACUGCAUCCAUGUGAAGAGUUUAGCUCUCUGCCCUCGCGCUCAGUGGUGGGCGGGGGCUCUGGGUAAGCCACUGAAGAAGGCACUGAAGUGCAAGGUAGUUGAGUGAGCCGCUGCGGGAGAUAGCUGACCCCCUACCGGAAACCGAGGCGGGCGGGGGAACGGUUUAGGCCAUUGGAUCGCUACGGCGAGUCGCCGUCUGAACUCGUCGCCGGGCGUGUACCGCGAACGCGAUUGGCGCAGACUGCUGGGAUUUUCGCGAAGUCUUUUGCGCACGUAGUGACGACGGUCCGGGAGAAUGAGCCCGAGGCGCUACCCAGCCGAACAAAGGCGAGCCGUGACAACAAGGACAGCCAAGGCGCCACGCGGUACCGGCCGGGGGCUGGCGAUCUAGUGUUAGUCGAUCGCGGAGCGUCGCACACUCCUGCAGCUGCCUUACAGGCGCGAAACUGUGUCGCCCCUUUCUGAUUGAGGUAGCCUCGCACGGGACAGCCGUCCACCUCGAGCAGAGGACAGGCGAAGCCGCCGGCUUAGAAAAUCCGGCGAAAGUAACACGGGCGCACCCCAUCGCACGCGCAAGGGAGUACGGUCCAUGGGAUCUAGCGAAGGACGUUGUCUUGGAUGGGAUUGCGCAUCAACAAGCCGCGCUUUCUCCGGGUUGCGGCGUUGGCGAAAUACGUCCUGGGAGAGAACAGGAGCGACAGGCGCGAAGCUGUCUCAUCAGCCAGGUCCUAACUAGUCUGGUGGCGGUGUUCUAACUGUUUAGCGUUCCAUCUUUUUGCCAGGUUCUACCUUCACACGGUGGCGCUUCUCAUUUUGAUUUUUUGACGACACUCGCGCGCGAGAAUUCAGCGGGACGCGAUUCCCUUUCCACGUCUUCAGCUUUCUUUGCUCCGCACCAGUUUGCGGAGUAGGUAACCGCCAUCGCGUGGCCUUGGGGUAGCGAAUGCAGUUCGACAAGGUCGGCGCUCGGCUCUCAGUCUAGCGCCUCACUUUUCUCAAGUUACAGCUCCACCGGUUUAAAACACGGCGACACUUGUCCGAGUGCUCUCGGCUUUGUUUCCAGCAAGAUGGGCCCCAACUGUGACAGCAACCCAUUACUCCCCGCAACACUUUUAGCGCCAGGAUUAGCCCCAAGACCCAGGCUACUGCCUCUUUCCUAUUACCUUCACAACGGCAACACACCUCCACACCUCAGCGCGGUAUCUCUAAAGCUAUCCGCUUAUCCCAUGGAAGUUCAGCACUUGGAAAACCCCAACUACUUGCUAUCCCACUGGCAACCUCCUAGCCCCACAGAACUCGACUCAGGUUGGCCACUGGUUUGGGCUCCUGGCUAUCUUCGUCGAAGGUUCUCCUUGUCAUUGCUUUCCUAUCCUUAAGCCUGUUACUCCUCGCGCGGGUUCUAGUGGUGUUGUGUGCCAGAUUUCUCAUCUGUGCGGAGUCUUGGUGGUGUGUGGGGUGGUCUUUCUACUCUUGGCUGGGGGUGUGUCCAUUCGAAAGCGGUCGGGCCGUCCUCGUGUUGUUUCGAAAAACCAGGAGUGAGAGAAAGGUCGGAAGAAGAGGAGGAACACAGGGGGGGGACUGAACUAAACAAAGCAAGGCCUGACCGCAGCAACGCCCUCCCGAAAUGUAAGCUAUGCGCAUGCUGGACGAAGGUGCGGCGCGUCUUCCCUUUCGUGCAUGAGGGCCAAGCCAUUUGAUGUCCAUCAUGGGCGCAAGACACUCAGUGCGCUGACUGCAUUCCACUGCCCCGACCUCCAUCACGCUCAUGCCCGCAGCGCGCUACUUUGGGACUGUAAAAAGUUCUGGCUUUUCUUGCAACCGUGCGAAGCGCGGCGGCUGGUUGUCUUCGUUUUAUUUCUCCGCCUUUGUGCUGAGUGCACCGAUGAAAAAAGAAGCGGGCUUCGGUUCCAUGGUGAUGGCGGGGGGCGGCGUGUGGAUUGUCUUGGGCUCUGACACGGCUGGGCUCGUGGUGUCUUCGUCCUCUCUAUAUCGGUACAAGGGCAGCAAGCAAAAAAGAAGAACAGGGCGCAACCGAUAAGGGCCCAGCCGAUAGAAAGCGGAAAAUAAGCACAGGGGGGCUUGCAGCGUGUACGCCGUCCGAUGGCCUUCGCUUCUGCGCGGUCAGCUAUGAACAUGAAGGACCUGCGGCUCGCUCGCUGAUGCUCUUCCGGUCGUGUAAGGGGGCGGGCUUCUGCCUUUCGUUGCGGACAAGUCGCUGGAGGUCCUCGGGCACGUGUUCAGUGCGGCAGGCUGGACACCAUCGAAAGCGCUGCGACGCGUUGGGGGAAUUGCCUGCCCCACGUUCUCGAGGGGAUUUAGCGCCGGCGGUAGCCUCCGCGGCGUUUUCUCGCGAGUUCGUGCCGGACUCCAGCGAAGUGAUGGCGCCCCCGCGGAAGUGGAUCGGCAACGGGAGCAGCCUUCCAGAGUUUCGCAGCUGCUCCGAAGCACUGGCUGCUUUUGGUCGUCUGCGUAGAAGCUUGCGCGAUGGCGUGCCCCUCAGGGCUUUGGACCUGCAGGCGGCACAACACUGGAGAAGGAGUGGGCGGGCCUCGGUCGUUCUUCUGAAUGGUAGUCCUUGUGUGCGUGGUUUCGUGAUUGCGCAGGCUGAUCUUCGACACGGAACGGCGCGGCCGAUUAUGGCGCAGGAGGGUGGAGGCUUUGUUCCGGGAGAUUCGAGCGUCGGAACUUUUAGGCGAGAGCUCGCGGCAGUAAGGUUGUUCGUCGGUCGGGGGCUGCAGCUCAUCCAAGGGCGCGGGGCUUUCUGGCUUUUCGAUCGCAAGGGCCUAGGCUUUAAUGCCCUCGAGGGGGUCGCGCAGUCGCAGGCGAAGCGCGCUAAAGUGCAGCGCUGGGCUGGGAGCAUUUUGCCGAAGCUUAGCAGCCCGCUGGCCCCUAGAGGCCACACCAGCGGAGAGGCGAACCUGUUGGCAGACGUCUUGCCCCCGCGCCCGGCAGACCGUUCACGGGAAGCGAGUGGCGGACGCUACUGCCUUCGGCGAGGGAGUGCACCGGAGGCACCCCGGCCAUGAUGGGGGCAGCCGGCAGCAUGGUCGACGAGGGUAACCUCUUGGAGAAAUAGGGCGACGGGGUGCUUCUCGGAUACGGCUCGGAAGCAGCGAAGGUGGGGGCCGAGCUUGACGAACUCCGGCGAAGCGUGGACACGGAUAAGGUGAAAAUGGCACAGCUACAGCGGGCAGCAUCUCUGGCCCACUCCUGGACACUCGGGCAAGGUGCUAGCUGCCGCCAGGCUCCUGCGCUGCUCGUGGACCGUGGCGCGAAGCGGUGGCCGAUCAAGCUGGUCAAAGAGGUGGCGGGCCAGUGUUGCUACCGGGGUUAUCGGCCUGGCGGCCAAGAUUUCCGCGGCUGUCUUGAGCUUGAUGGAGUUGGAGAGUGGCGGCCGAUUGCGCCGCCGGGCAGGCUGGUCGCUGGCUUCCCAGGGCAUGGAACUGAUUGGGGGCGCUCGCUGUUUCCAAGUGGUGCCACUAGUGCGCGCGGCUUCUUGGCGUGGCAGGUUCACCGACCGGCGGAAGGUGUGGCACAUGCUGGAGAGUCUGCCACCUUCGUGGAGGUGCGGCGCAAUCGGUUUGCGUGGGAUUCGAUGCGGAAAGACUGCCGCGAGCUCGUGCCGCGGUGCCCUUGUUGCAACAUCAACCGAAUGGAGGAGACAGCCGCCGCCACUACUUCCGGGGCGCUGAGCUGUGCCCGAUUCUUCCACACGUUGGUGCCCGAUUAUGCUGGGCUGCUUGCCGAAACACGCAAGGGAAGUAAGGACACCACCCAGCACAGCAGGAGGCGCCUGCAGCGGUCUGGGCUUCGUCUUCGCGACGAAGGACAAGACAGCAAGGGCGGCCAUGGAGUGCCCGCCCAGAAUCUUCAAGGGCUACGGCCCUCCUUUGUGGUGUCGUGCUGAUAUUGGUUGCGGACACUUCCGCGGCAAAGGGUGCGGAGGGCUGAGAACUCGGGCCCGCAGGGGAUACCCUGCAGAGAAUUUUCGCCGGGAGGUGUCGUAUCAUCCGCAAGGACAAAGCAUUGAGGAGUGUAUCUGCAAGGACGGCGCGCGCCACUUUUGGGCGGGUCCUGCUGGUCCGCUCUCAUUACUUAGCCGACCGGGGUGAAAGGGCUGAAGACUUGGCGCCGGCGCUCAACUGGCCCCCGUAGGGUCGAGAAAGGGACCCCCUGUGCUUUACGGGGUUUCUAGUCGUGUAGGCAAUUUGGUUUCGCUUCCUUACCAUUUUGAAAAUGUAAACAGCGGAGGCUGUUGGCUUCGCUUCCUUACCAUUUUGAAAAUGUAAGCGGAGGAGGCUCCAGCCUGUGACAAAUUCGCUUAAUUUAGCACGGCAGCACAACUGUGACCGCAGUGAGCACAUCCAACCACAGGAACCAACUAUGACCGCAGUGAGCACAUCCACAGGAACCACAAGAACCACAGGAACCGCAGGAACCAGAAGAACCACAAGAACCACAAGAACCACAAGAACCACAGGAACCACAGGAGCCACAAGAACCACAGGAACCACAGGAACCACAAGAACCACAGGAACGACAACAAGAACCACCCCAGGGGGCCCCUUUCUCGGUCUUAAGGGGGCCCCCCUUUGUCGAGAAACGUUCGAGGGAGGAGCUGCAGGGAGUGUUCGGCAGGCCGGUGUAUGUGGUUGCCAGCUUUCUUGGCCGUGCAGCGUACCCGCCGGACCGAGGGGCGGGCGACCGGAUUCCCAUCAAGAACCCUGCCAGCUUGGACCGAUUGGCAGUGCUUGCCCAUGUCCGCGCUUUCUCUCGUCCGGACUUUCCUUUCACCUCGUCCAUGGGGCGGGGCUGGUGCAGAGGUGCCUGCGCUUGGCGGGAUUCGGCAGCGGUGCAGUUUGCUGACGAGGAGCCGCGGAGCGUUCGUUUCCGGCAGGUCUCUGUGGGCAACAUGGUGAUCCCGACGCGGGUCGCCGAGUGACUGAAGAAGUCUGGCGGCAUUGUCCGAGCGCAGAGCGGGGGGGCAUUUGGUGUGAGUUUUCUGUCGCUCUUUGCUCGCCAAAUGCAGGCCCUGGACGCGGAGGCAUUGCGAAGGCCUCGCGGUGGAGAGGUUUCGUUUUCUGGUGGUGUAAAACGCUUAGUGCGGAACGAUUUUGGUGUUGCGCUUGGGUCUGAAGUUUGCAGGUGGUGAAGAUCGAGGAGAGGAGCAGGCCCUUCCCAUAGGUUUUGAGGGUGGGCGAGUAGGUUUCUCGGAAUUCUUAGAACUGGCGCAUGGCCUGGCUGUGCUGGUUCUUUGGGUAAAUUUCCAACAUGAAAGUCCGAGGUAAGUAAGACCUUGGAAAUUUCAGCGCCUCAGCAGUAGGCCGCGCAAGGUCCUCCUGAGAUGUUCGGCGCGCCAGGUCAGUAAGAUCCUAAACAAGAUGAUCACCGGGACGGAGAUCCACCGAUCAGGAUGGUUUGGGGAUCUUCUGGGGCGGCUUUUCUGCUCUAGGUUUGUGCGCAAAUAGAGCCACCAAGUAGAAACUUUGGGUCAAGGAUAGGGCGACCACGAUCAUUUUGGUAGAGGCUUCGGGCUUGUGGGGUAACUGACUCGGUGACGACUAUCAACCGGGCACAGGUUUCCCAUGCUUUCUUACUUCGUCUUGCUGCCGUUUGGCUCGAGACUCGGCCAGGAUUUUAGUGGAUUUGAAUCGCGAGGGGGUGCGUGAAGCUCCUAGUAAGUCCGGCUCAUUCGCUGUUCGUUCUUUUUCCCUUCGGUUUUCCCUGCAUUGUAUUUUUAUCGAACGAUAUCGGUAGGUACUGCAGAAACAGACUGCCGAAGGUAUCGAGGUUGCCGAGCAGCGCGGCGCCCCGUCCAGUCUCGCGCAGAAGACGGUGACCGCUAGCGGCGUUGAGGUGCAUCCUGAAGACUACGAUGUUGGCACGUCAGCUGCAGGCGCUUCGCACGCUUCGACCACGACUCCGAAGCGGAACCAGGGAGUCCUCCGCACAGCCUCUACGCGCGUGCCAUCGUUGCCUGACCUGAACGACGCUGCCUCUGUCCUGGCGUUCUCCUUGGUCGUGCUGCUGCUCUGUUUCGUUGGCCGUUGGUUGCGCAGCUUGUAUCGAGCUCAGCGAGGAUAUUAUGCUCGGUAUCUAUUAGAUUAUCCGAUGGUGCACGUGAUUCCAUCGCGUCGAGCAUCCAAGGCUGGCGACGGUCUGUGUUGUAUUUAGUUUUAAGCAUGAUAAAAGUCAAGGGCAACGAGGCCAGUGAUACUAUCUCGUCAACGAGGAAGUAAUAUACGGAAAACCAUUAUUGGAAUUGACACUCCACCAGCCCCCUUCUUAAGUUAGAGUCCUCUUUGAGUAAUGCUUUCUGACAUUAACGCCCAUCGACAUACAACUGACGAACUCUAACAACCCGGACCGACCAUCAGCGAAGCAGUUUCGGUGGCAGAGGGCUCGAAGGAGUAUGGCGCUGUGGCGUCAUCCCCUUAAGGGGCUGUGGCUUCUUUUAGUUGGUGGGGAGGUGCCGGCAGGGUCUCAGACGGUAGGGCCGGGGGAGUACUACAAAAGGGAGGGGAGACAGAAAUCGACUGAGGAGACGAUCGACGAGGGGGCUAGCUCUAGUAGAUUUUUCCUUGAGUAGUCCACAAAUCUGCAUGACACAUCAACGAACUCGAACCAUAUCCACUAGAACGAUUGCACAAGAAAAAUACAUGCCACAAAUGAACGCACUGCAUUAACAUGACGCAACGUCACCUGUAGCACAUAUCUCGUAGACUGGUAGUGAGACUGAUAUAUUUAUGUAUCUAUAACGAUCACAGGAAAUAACGACUGUUCCAACAACGAAGCUGAAUUUCCUUCAGAAUGAAAUCAGUACAAAAUUGCUGCACCACUAAGCACAAGGGAUCCGAAUUAGGCGCGCGAAUUAUUGUUCCGCGCAAAGUUCCCCCAGAGGUCGUUCGACGACUCUCAUCAAUAUAUAAGGCAUUAGAUUUAACAUGAUCCCGAAUUCACUUGGCCAGAUUACGUAGUAUCCGAAAGAAUUCUGCUUGAAAUAUCUAUCAAAAAGAUGAGUGUCAUACUUAGGUACAACAGCGUAGAUCUCCAUAAAAGUCAUUACAAAUUAUACUUAGCAGCUAGUUAUUGUUAUGUAGACAUAUUUAGAUGAAUCCGUACAUCACGAACAUGUAUGCAGCUCAAAGAAACGACAUCUAAUUUAUUGAAAAAUAUGCGGUAGCUUGGUCUUUUAGACUAACGAAGAGGACCAUACAGAGCUCGAGGAUUUAUUUCGUCAGAGGUCGUGAACGUAAAAGCUUGCUGUUCCUGAAAGAUAUCGAUAUUUAUACAUGUUCCAUCGACGGGGGGGGGUGCCUCCAUCCUUGGAACAUAUAUGGGCUCGAUAAAAGUACGUCUGAAACUCGUUCUUGCGCGCUCGAUAGAUCGUAACGUAUGUAGGCUGCUUUUUCUGAUGGUGGUGCAUACUCUUGGUGUAUCGGCUGUCCUUCUGGAGGUGCCUUGCACUAGGACUACCAGGAUCGCGUGGCGAUUAAUGCAAUAGCCUCUACUUAGUCACAUUCAUUCACUCACCCAUUCACUCCUUCUGGAGGUGCCUAGUAUUCCGCUGACUGUCCUCGCCAGUGGAUCUUUGUGUAGAUUUAGAUAUGAAAAGGAGAUGCUAUUUGAUUUCGAACUCUUCAAGAUAUUCGAAUGUUAAACGUCAUCAUUGCUGGUAGAUAGGCCACGUCAUGCGAUGAAAUGACAUGACACGACGGCGCAAAGGGAGCUACACCACCACUGACAGGGCCUCCAUUAUGUUACAGAACCUAUAGACGCCAAAGACGGGACGAAGUUAGACCUGCUACCGUUAAUCAAUUUACAAUGCCGAAACGAAUCGGACGAUGCAAAGAAUUGCUAACAAUGUUCACUUGCUCAACAUAGGGCGUAGCAUGAAAUUACAAACGCAUAGAUUGACUUAUAACAACAACGAAAAUAUGGGAUGGAGGCGGUCGAGUCCUCAUGAAAAAAAAAGAGGCACAGCGCGUGUCGCUGACCUUGCCGAUUACUGUGCAUGAAAAUGAAAUACAAUUUCGCACUGUAUCAUAUGACCAUUUGGCUUGUAGAUGUAGAAAGUGACCUUCUUGCGAAGGAAGUGCCAAGAGGCCGGCUAAGAGCGGCAGUAGAGGGUGUGACAGGCCACCAUUGUAUGCACGUUCCUUCUCCUAGAGUCAGCAGCGCCAGUCAAUGGGGCACAAAGAGCAGUGAGUAGCAUUAUUGUAUUACACCGGUCUCCAGAAUAGGGAGAUGCAAACGUCGUAGUUUUGGAGGAGUGAGACCCCACCUGCCGUCGGUUUGCGAACCGGAUAAAUUUUUGUAUCCCGGGGCUACUAAAUGAGCGGCCUCAGCUUUAUCCGGUUCGCAAACCGACGGCAGGUGGAGUCCGGUUACCUCCUUAUAAUACAGCGCACUAAUUGCCUACGAACCCGCCGAUUCUAAAAUGGUGAACCCUAGGGGCAAAGGAGGCGGAUUACGAGUCUUAUAUAAACCUCCACCGGCUGCCAACCGCCCCACUCUUAUACGCCUACCUUCAAGGCACGAGCGCAGGGGAUGCCAACCCUGCUAACUCUUGACUAAUGCGCAGUCAACUGACAAGUGAACAACUAGAAGUAAAUGCCUACUGGCGUAAGGCCCUAAGUACAACAUGUUUUGCGUUGUUGGGAGUGCACUAGCCUAGUUUUUCUUAUCUUCACUGCCUCGCGCUCCCUCCUUCGCGACGUGCACCAUCCUCAGCCGGAUCCCGCUUCCGCAAUCGCCAUAAAAUACCCAAAAAGAAAAACAGAAACCGGAGGGAUUACUCCUACCAAAGGGGCUGCCUUAUGCCUGCUAGCCACUUCUCUGCUAAGAGCGGACGGGAGAUAAAAGGAUCGGCGAGGGAGAGCGAUGGGACGCUCUCCCCCUUUUAAAUCAAGCUGCGCGUAAGAUCUGAAAUUUUUCUAUUCUUGUUCCGUCCUCUUUCUUUUUGUCCGUAAACAAGUCCGCGCCUCUCGACUCACACAUGACAGAAGUUGGGAACACUCUAGACCCCAACCAGUUUCCAAAAGGCGACUGGCGGGCCACCAAAAUGCUUAAAAGUCACCCAGGUAGGUAGGUGGCAUUUAUGCAUUUCGGUUUUCCUCGACUCUCAACAGAUUUUUUUCGUAUAGUGGGAGAUCCCUUAAUAUCAUCAUGCGCUCCAUGUUGUGGAUGUAGAUUCUCUCGUGGUAAAAAAUCUCAACAGAAAUUGUCACACUAGAUCCCAAUCGGUUUCCAAAAAAG